UUUUUUUUGCCCUUUUAUCACGGGCUCAUGUUAAUUUCUUGCAUUCAUUGAUUUGGGUUGUGUGUUGAUUUAACUGCAUCUGGGAUGCUUUUGGAUUUUGUUAUUUUUUCCAAUUUAACCUUAUAGUUUUCGGUUUUUACUUCCUAUUGAUUGGAUCUGAAAAUUUUUGUUGCCCAGAAUGCCGUUUACUUAUAUUUUUCCCAAGUAACUGAUGCUUUUGGUGGAGAUCAGUGGAAUUUGAUACUGCAGUCUCAGAAAUAUGCCUGCAUGUAUGCGUGUGUAUUAGUAUUUGUAUUUAUAAACGUGGAUAUGUUGCAUUGCAAGUGCAAAUGCACGAUGAUGAAACAAGUACUGUUAGUUGAGGUUUCCUGAGUUGCUUUAAGGUGUCGUGCUGCUGCUGACUUGAUGGAGGUCGUGUUGCAUUCUGUGUUGUUUGGGAUAAAUAGGGAUGCUGCCGAGUUGACUAUUUUGAUGUAACUUGGGACAUUGGGCCUUCCGGUACAAGGAAUAAAAAUUGCUUAUGUGAUAUGUGGAUCUUGUCUGAUUGAUUUUAUGCUUAAUAAGAUGAUGUCAUCGAAACAUCACAAGAAGGUUGUGAUACCCAUCUUUGUUUUUACUUCAUUUAGUUGAAGAUUGUUUGUAUAUGGGGGCAGAAAUGAUUCCUUUUAUUCUAGGAAUAGCAUCUCUCUAGUAGUGAUCACGGGGAAAGUUUGGAUAAGGUCUCUGCAAUGGCUUCUAAAUCAGUCAUGGAUUUAAUGGAGGCCUCCUCUGGGGUUCAUUUUUCUGGAUUUCACAUGGACGCCCUGAAGCAAAGAAUUAAAGACAUCGAAGCACCAACUACAUCAGCAACUGAAAACAUGCAUAAACAGCCGUUUGUCAUUGGGGUUGCUGGGGGAGCGGCAUCUGGUAAAACAACGGUUUGCGAUAUGAUUAUCCAGCAACUUCAUGAUCAACGUGUUGUACUUGUUAACCAGGAUUCCUUUUAUCAUGAUUUGAACGAGGAGGAACUUAGACGAGUACAUGAAUACAAUUUUGACCAUCCUGAUGCUUUCGACACAGAGCAACUGUUGUGUGUUAUGGAGAAGUUGAAGCAUGGCCAAGCAGUAGAUAUUCCAAACUACGAUUUCAAGAGUUACAAAAACUUGUUUCCGGCAAGAAGGAUAAACCCUUCAGAUGUUAUACUAUUGGAAGGCAUACUCAUUUUCCAUGAUCCACGUGUCAGAGAGUCGAUGAAUAUGAAGAUAUUUGUUGAUACAGCCAUAAGAAGUUUUAUGAGGAAUGCUCAAGAUGCUGAUGUUCGUUUAGCAAGGAGGAUAAGAAGGGAUACCAGUGAGAAGGGUAGGGAUAUUGGUGCAGUACUUGAUCAGUACUCCAAAUUUGUGAAGCCUGCUUUUGAUGACUUUAUCCUUCCAACAAAGAAGUAUGCUGAUAUUAUUAUUCCCCGUGGGGGGGAUAAUCAUGUAGCCAUUGAUUUGAUCGUACAGCAUAUUCGUACAAAGCUUGGGCAGCAUGAUCUUUGUAAAAUAUACCCAAAUUUAUAUGUCAUUCAAUCAACCUUUCAGAUACGGGGUAUGCAUACCCUCAUACGUGAUUCUCAAACAACAAAGCAUGACUUUGUUUUUUAUGCUGAUCGGUUGAUCCGUUUGGUUGUUGAGCAUGGCCUUGGACAUCUUCCAUUUACAGAAAAGCAAGUGAUGACUCCAACUGGGUCUGUGUAUACUGGUGUGGAUUUCUGUAAGAGGUUAUGUGGUGUCUCUGUUAUCAGGAGUGGUGAAAGUAUGGAGAAUGCUUUGCGAGCAUGUUGUAAAGGUAUCAAGAUUGGGAAGAUUCUUAUUCAUAGAGAAGGUGACAAUGGUCAGCACCUAAUCUAUGAAAAAUUGCCAAUGGACAUUUCGGAAAGGCAUGUGCUACUAUUGGAUCCUAUCCUAGGGACAGGGAAUUCGGCUGUUCAAGCCAUCUCCUUACUUCUAAAGAAGGGUGUACCGGAGUCCAACAUUAUAUUUCUCAAUCUCAUAUCAGCACCUCAGGGUGUACAUGUGGUCUGCAAAUGCUUUCCAAGAAUAAAGAUUGUGACUUCUGAGAUUGAGAUUGGUCUAAACAAAGAUUUCCGUGUCAUACCUGGCAUGGGUGAGUUUGGAGACAGAUAUUUUGGAACGGAUGACGACGAUCAGCAAGUGGUGGCGGCCCCUUGCCAGUAGUUUCAUCAGGGCUGCUAAUUAGUUCAAACCCUCAUUUUCACUUGAUGAUGAGCACUGGGUUUGGAGAAAGAGCUGAGCUUGCUUAAUAUCAUGAUGCAGUCAGAUAUAACAAACAAUUUUGGCUGAGUUGAACUUCAGAAAUUAUCAUCUUCUUAAAUUUUAUUUUAUUUUAUUUUUUAUUUUUAAGAAACUCAUGGCACACUAGUUGGUGUUUGAUUGCAAAUCCAAUCGUUUCAGUGGCAUUUCAUUACAGCAUAAAUCUGCAGGAUGGCAAGUUAAAGGCCUAGCUUCCAUUGUUAUAUAUAUGUAUUUUUGAAGCCAGCUGGGAUCUUUUAUCAUAUAAAAGUUCCCCUGUAAUGGUGUA